AUGAAGGCUGGCCCCCUUCUCCUGUGCCGCAGGUUCGAGCCUUGCACCAAUGUGACGGCUGAGGUGUACCUGCGUGCCUACCUCUCGCCCUGCAUCAAUGACUGCAGCAUCUACGGCCAGUGCAAGCUGCUGCGCACCAACAACUACCUGUAUGCCACCUGCGAGUGCAAAGCUGGCUGGAAUGGCUGGGGCUGCACGGACAACGCCGAGGCUUUCUCCUAUGGCUUCCAGCUCCUCUCCACACUGCUGCUGUGCCUCAGCAAUGUCAUGUUUGUACCUCCUGUCGCCAUCGCCGUCCGCAGCCACUACCUCCUGGAAGCUGCCAUCUACAUCUUCACCAUGUUCUUCUCCACUUUUUACCAUGCCUGUGACCAGCCUGGCAUUGUGGUGUUCUGCAUCAUGGAGUACGAUGUGCUGCAGUUCUGCGACUUCCUGGGCUCCCUCAUGUCUGUCUGGGUCACCAUCAUCGCCAUGGCCCGGCUCCAGUCUGUGGUCAAGCAGGUGUUGUACCUGCUGGGGACCAUGCUGCUCUCCAUGGCUCUGCAGAUGGACCGCCAUGGGCUCUGGAACCUGCUGGGGCCCAGCCUCCUUGCCUUAGGGAUCAUGGCCAUCGCCUGGACAGCUCGCACCAUCCGGCGCCGCCACUGCUACCCGCCGACCUGGAAGCGCUGGGCUUUCUACCUGUGCCCGGGAGCGCUGAUCGCAGCGGCCGCCAUGCUGCUCUACGCCUUUGUGGAGACAGAGGAGAACUACUUCUACAUCCACAGCAUCUGGCACCUGCUCAUCGCUGGCAGUGUCAGCUUCCUGCUGCCACCCUGCGCCAAGCCCAGCGGGCGCCUAGGGCCCCUGCCCCAGCGCAAGGGCUGCGGGUACCAGCUCUGCAUCAACGAACAGGAGGAGCUGGGGCUCGUCGACCCGGCCGUGGCCUCCAUCAACAGCAUUUGUGCCAGCUGAUGCCAUCGGUGGCCUGGACUCCUCUGUCACGGACAGCAGCCCUGUGGGGCCCGGCACCUGCUCUCUUUGCUGACCACCCAUCCCAGGAGCGCCAGGACUCCUCCGGGUGGGUGCAUGGCCGCCUGUGCCGCCCUGUUCUUGCAAUUACAGCCUGGUUGAACUUGUCUCCAGGAGUUGCUGCAGCUCAGUUCGGUGCAGAG